AAGUCCCGUGUUCCAUUUUGCUUAUAUAUAUUCGAGUUGUGGAAAGCCACGAUACUCACAAUAGAACAGCCAAAACAAGCAGAUUUUAUAUAGAAAUGAAUAUGGGUGUCUUACAAUAUUAUUUCUCAAUGAAGGCUUUGCUUUGGGUUUUAGUGGUUUUUGUUCAAACUCGUGAGUACAUGGGUUGCUUGGAGGAAGAGAGAGCUGGUCUGCUUCACUUUAAGUCAUUUCUUAUCAUAUCCAUUCCGUCUUUCAGAGCUUAUAAUUCAGACUAUGAUCGUCUUCCUUCAUGGGUCGACCAUGAGAAGAGUGAUUGUUGUGAUUGGGAGCGGGUCACGUGCAACUCCACCACAGGUCAUCUGAUAGAACUGUCCCUCGACAAUUUAAUGCAGGAUCCUAGUUAUAACUAUUAUGAGAAACGUUCAUGGUUGUUAAAUGUGUCUCUAUUAGAGCCUUUCAAGGAGUUAAGAAGCCUUAGUCUAUCCCGUAAUGCAAUCGAUGGUUGCAUACCAGAUGAAGGAUUUGAAAAGCUUUCAACCCUAAGGAAUCUGGAAAUUUUAAACCUUGGUUACAACUUCUUUGAUGACAAUAGCAUUCUACAAUCUCUGGGUGCUAUCACUUCGCUCAAGACUUUAAAUCUUACUUGGAAUGAGUUGGAGGGAUACUUUCCAGCACAAGAAUUAGUUACGUUGAGAGAUUUGAACACGCUGGAUAUAAGCGUGAAUAGGUACAAUGGUACCCUCCCAAAUCAAGGUUUCGAAAGGCUAGCGGUACUGAGAAACUUGGAGACAUUGAUCCUCGAUUGGAAUAGGUUUGGCUACAGCGUCAUUCCAUCUCUAAGUAACCUUACAUCCCUUAUGACAUUAAGUCUUUCAGGGAAUAAUAUCAGAUUUGAUGAAGGAGUAAAUGUUGAAGGUGGUACUAAUUUCGAAAGGCUCGCCGUAUUGAGAAAUCUGAAGACAUUGAAUCUUGAUGGGAAUUACUUUAAUGACAGCAUCAUACCAUCUCUAAGUGGGCUUACAUCUCUUACGACAUUGAAUCUUGCGUGGAAUAGAAUACAAGGAGGAGGUGAAGGUUGGAAAAUGUUGUCAAGAUUGGAGAAUCUGGAGAUAUUAGAUCUUAGUUUCAAUUAUGCCCUCAAGGACACUAGUCUUCAAUCAAUUGCUGCAGUCAAAUCUCUUAAGACUUUGAAUCUUGUUGGGAAUGAGUUGGGCCGAUCCAAAGGUUGGAAAAUGUUGUCAAGAUUGGAGAACCUAGAGAUAUUAGAUCUUAGAUACAAUGAACUCAACGACACUAGUUUUCUUCAAUCAAUUGCUGCAGUGAAAUCUCUUAAGACUCUCAAUCUUCUUGGAAAUCAGUUGACGGGAUCCUUUCCAACCAAAGAGCUAGCAAAUUUAACAAACUUGGAGGUUCUUAUCUUGGGAGGUAAUCAUUUUGGUGGACGACUAGCAAUCCAAGAAUUUUGUGCAUUGAAGAAGCUUGAAGUGUUAGAUCUAUCUGACAAUUACUUUGACGGGAUCCUACCUCCAUGCAUAAACAAUAUGACAUCUCUUGUGGUGUUAGAUAUUUCUAAUAACCAAUUUAAUGGAAAUGCUUCAUCAUCAUAUGUAGAAGCCAGCGGAAGAAGUCUCAAGUACAUUGAUUUUAGUUAUAACCAGUUUGUGGGCAUAUUCUCAUUCAACUUAUUUGCCAAUUACUCUAAGCUUGAGGUUCUUAGAUUCAACGGCCAAAACAAUAAAGUUGAAAUAGAAACUGAAGGUUCUAUGGGUUGGUCCCCCUUGUUUCAGCUGAAGAUCAUCGAAUUGCCCUAUUGUAGUCUGAACAAGCUCACCGGUAGUAUUCCAAAGUUUCUUCUUGCCCAGCAUGAACUGGAUACAGUUAAUCUUUCUCACAAUAAGUUGAAAGGAAACUUCCCGAAUUGGUUGGUUGAAAACAAUACAAGAUUACGCGUGCUAGAUCUUCAGAAUAACUCUUUUGUGGGUCAGUUAUAUUUACCAACAUUGAUCCACACGCAUAUGGUCUGGAUGGAUGUCUCGGCCAAUCACUUGGACGGAAAACUUUCAGAAAAUAUUGGCAGGAUUUUUCCAAAUUUAGUAUAUCUAAAUCUUUCCAAUAAUAAGCUUGAAGGUAAUCUUCCUUCCUCAAUUGGUGGCAUGCUUUAUUUGGAUAUAUUAGAUUUUUCUUCCAAUAAUUUCUCAGGCGGGGUACCAAGAGUAUUAAAUACAGGUUGCUUAUUAUUGAGCGUUUUGAACCUUGCUCGUAACAGCUUCAACGGUGAAAUUUUUGUUGGGACAAGCCAGAAAAUUCUGCAAAUGAAUGAUAAUCAAUUCACAAGUAUCACAUUGGUACCAAAUUCAACUCUUGACCUAUUAUAUUUAGAUAUCAGCAACAACGAAAUUUCAGGUACAAUCCCCCAAUGGCUUGGGAACGCGUCAUACUUGAGGACUCUUGUUAUGGCUAACAAUGAUUUUUAUGGUCGGAUCCCAUGUGAACUAAGUAUGAUAGGUACUUUAGACCUUUCUCAUAACUUAUUUACGGGAUCGUUACCUUUUUGUUCGAAUCUGCCACAUCUUGAACACCUAUAUUUGCAAGGGAACAAAUUCACAGGAUCAAUACCGAAGGCUCUUUUCAAUUCCUCAUCUCUUUUGACAUUGGACAUUGGAGAUAACAACUUUACAGGCAGCAUCUCUGCUGAAAUCAAACAACUUCAACGCUUAAAAGUACUUUUGUUGAGUGGUAAUCGUUUCACUGGUAUAAUUCCGAAUCAGUUGUGUUUGUUAAGAAUGAUAAGCAUAAUGGAUCUUUCCAAGAAUGCUUUUUCAGGGACCAUACCACAAUGCCUCCACAAGAUAUAUUUUGGGAAGAUAGCAGCAACUAGUUUUGGCUAUUUUCAAAGAAAUGUUAGUAAUACCGUACAGUUUAUGACACCUUACACAUAUAAAGUUUUCUUGAAAUUGACUGGUGACAUUUACCACGAUAGUGAAUAUGAGGAUGCAGAAGUACAGAUUGAGUUUGUAACUAAAUAUAGGCAUAGUUCUUAUAAGGGUUCUCCCCUUGGUUACAUGUCUGGAUUGGAUUUCUCAUGCAACAACCUAACAGGUGGCAUCCCACCUGAGUUAGGACAAAUAUCUUCAUUGCAUGCACUAAACUUAUCUUAUAAUCAGCUGACAGGUAAAAUUCCAAUAACAUUCUCGAAAAUGGCUCAGUUGGAAAGUUUAGACCUCUCUCAUAAUAAUUUGAGAGGAGAAAUUCCUUCAGCAUUGAUUGAUCUAACCUUUCUUGAGGUAUUCAAUGUGGCCAACAACAACCUCUCAGGUAAAGUUCCAGAUAUGAAAGCACAAUUUGGAACAUUUGAGAAAAGCAGCUAUGAAGGAAACCUAUUUCUUUGCGGACCACCACUAGAUAAAAGUUGUGCCAAAGAAAAGGAGUCAGAUCCAACACCAACCCAAUCUUCAAAUGAAAGUGACAAAAAAUGGUAUGAAGUAGAUCCUAUGGAAGGGAAUGGAAAUGGAAUGGUGGAGAAAUUUGUGAAACAAGGGAUUGCAGUUGAGAUGUUUGUAAAAAUGUCUGUGAAAACCGAAAAUGGAAAUAGAAUGGAGGAUGUUUGUAGUCGGCUAUAUGCAUCCUCGCUAGGCUUCUUUGCCAUUUUAUUGUAUCUGCUUUGUAUCUGUUUUGCCAUGAGAAAUGUUGAUAAGGUCAUAGGUGCUAUAAUUCUAGCUAGGUUGUUGCCUGUAAGUUCUAAGGAAAGCAUUAUUGCGGCAAUUAAGAUAACUUUGUAA